UGAGUCACCGACUGGUCACCACAGAUACUGCCUGCUGGGAUGAGGCAAAAAACCGGAGAAUCGCAGAGAUUGAUAGAAAUCUGAGAAAUCGAAAAUCUCAGCCACAACUGAUCACACUAAAACACACCGCGCUGCCGUAUUAUUAAUUACCUUGUCAUAAACGGUAGAACUAACAACACCUCGCCAAAAUGAUGGAAGAGAUACCGGUAGAUAGAUUUCAGGUGCCUAGCGCUGUUCAGGCGGAGAUGCAGCCGCUUGUAAGUGGGAUGUUUUUGUCUAGGCUACAACUUGUGAUGAUAAAUUAAUGCAUAGGCUAAUACAGUCUGUUCCUAUGUUGUUAGACUAGACUACUACAUUUUUGACGCUAUCAAUUUUGCCUAUAAUGGAUUGUUGAAUUUAGAUAUUGGCCUGGUGUUAUUUUGUUGCAUUUUAUUUUAGGUGUCUGAUAAAUGUAGAAAAUGUCGCAAUAUUGUUAGGCAACCAUAAGGUCAAGAGAGUGUGCCUGGCUUUAUGGCGAUGAAUAGCGAAUUUAAAGACAACCUUGAUCAAUAUCCGUUUUUCAAGUGCUCGAGCUGCGUAGUGAGCAUCGGUGAUGCUUGGCGAAAACAACCAUCCCAGCCUCCCAGAGCCAUCCGCUCUAGGAACAAACAAAUGUCAUUGCAAAAAUCGUUUUGUAGUGGAUAGGCAUGUAUGUAACAGAUCAUGUUAUUAAUGAAUUGUUUGAUAUUUCUGAACACUACAAAGCAAUUGGGUAGCCUAUCGUAGCGUGUAAGGCCUAGCCCCCCUUCGAUUACUUCAUCAUGCGGAGACUGCGUGGAGCGGUACCCUCCACGGCAGCAUAUGGCGUUUCACUCUGAAUCAAACCCGCUUGUUAGCAUCUGAUGCUGUAGGCAUAUAGUUAGUGCUGUGUCUCAGUAGACCAUGUUAGUUUGCUGUAUCGAGUUCAUUUCUCAGGGCCAUGUGGUAGCCUAUAGUCCAGGGGUGGGCAAUCAUUUUGGCUCAAGGGCCACAUCAAGAUUUUAAAAAAUCUGUGGAGGGCCACACAUAUUUUUUUCGGAGCAAUUUCUUAAUCAAAAGCAAUUUGCGGCCCUGAAAAAGGGAAGUUAUUUGAAAACGUAUAGGUCCAUUAUAAUUUCUACAUACUUUCUAUCUAGUUUUAGACAUUCAAGAGUGGUCUUCCUUUUUUACUCAAACCUCCUGUGUAUGUUGCCCACCCCUGCUAUGGUCGAACGUAUCUGGAAUACCAUGAUUCAGCUAAAGGGUUUGUCUGUAUCUGCAGUGGCGUAGCUUUUGUGAGUUGUGAGUGUAAUGUGUAUCAUGGCAGUCAAUUAAUGGACUGUGUACAAUUAAGAUGUGACUACCUGACAACUUUUGAUGUGUGUAAUGUGCAUAUGUGUGUGAGUGAGAGCCAGAGAAGGAAUCUCACAUAUAUAUUUUCUAAUACAGUAGCAGUAGGCCUAUUGUAUUUACUAGCCUAUACAUAAUGACAACGUCAAAUAAACAUCCCAGAACGUCAGUCGUGUGACACCAAUCUCUCACUACUGUGAUGCAAUUUAGAACCUCUCUCGCCCCCCCCCCCCCAGGACCCGGCUUCGUCCACGGCUUCUUCUGAGGCAGACUCAGACACAAGGGAGGGCGAGCCAGUCACUAUUAACUACAAGCCUUCUCCUCUGCAGAUGAAGAUAGGUGAGUGUAAGAGGGCUCAGCAGAACCUACUGCCUCUGUUUAUUUCAGCACCUUGGACAGGGGUCACAUGACCGGAGAGCAAUACAAAGAUGUAGAAGUGAGGAAUACAAGGUACUGUAGAAGGGAGCAAUACAAUACAAAUAUGUUGUGGGGAGGAAUACAAGAUACUGUAAAAGGGAGCAAUGCAAAGAUGUGGGGAGCAAUACAAGGUACUGUAGAAGGGAGCAAUACAAGGUACUGUAGAAGGGAGCAAUACAAAGAUUUAGAGGAGUCAAGGCUUAAAAGGCAUAACUAUAAACACAUUGACACACCUCAUUGUGAUGUCCAGAAAAUGAAAUGGUAAAAGAAUGACUCAAUUGAACCUGUCUUUGAUGAGCAAUCCCUCCUCAUGAUACCCUGUCAACAAAUGUCCCCAUAACAUCUGGGAUGAGGGAGGGAGUCACUGUUACUGUUGGAUGGCUCUAGUCCCGCACCCCAGAUAUUUAUUUCCCAAGCCCAGAAGGUCUGUUAUGUCAAAACCUCAAACUAGCACGCUGCAGUCAUUAGCCUCACUUGUGUACCCCAUAUUCCCCCCACAUACAGUGCAUUCGGAAAGUAUUCAGACCUCUUGACUUUUUCCACAUUUUGUUACGUUACAGCCUUAUUCUAACAUGGAUUUUUUUUUAAUCCUCAUCAAUUUAAACACAAUACCGACAAAGUGAAAACAGGUUUUUAGAAAAUGUUGCACAUUUAUGAAACAUCAAAAAUAGAAAUACCUUAUUUACAAAAGUAUUCAGACCCUUUGCUAUGAGACUCGAAAUUGAGCUCAGGUGCAAAAAAGCACCUUAAGACUCUCAGACCAUGGGAAACAAGAUUCUCUUGUCUGAUGAAACCAAGAUUGAACUCUUUGGCCUGAAUGCCAAGCGUCAUGUCUGGAGGAACCCUUGCACCAUCCCUACGGUGAAGCAUGGUGGUGGCAGCAUCAUGCUGUGGGGAUGUUUUUCAGCAGCAGGGACUGGGAGACUAGUCAGGAUCGAGGGAAAGAUGAAUGGAGCAGAGUACAGAGAGAUCCUUGAUGAAAACCUGCUCCAGAGCGCUCAGGACCUCACACUGGGGCCAAGGUUCACCUUCCAACAGGACAACAACCCUAAGCACACAGCCAAGACAAUGCAGGAGUGGCUUCGGGACAAGUCUCUGAAUGUCCUUGACUGGCCCAGCCAGAGCCCGGACUUGAACCCGAUCUAACAUCUCUGGAGAGACCUGAAAAUAGCUGUGCAGUGACGCUGCUCAUCCAACCUGACAGAGCUUGAGAGGAUCUGCAGAGAAGAAUGGGAAAAACUCCCUAAAUACAGGUGUGCCAAGCUUGUAGCAUCAUACACAAGAAGACUCGAGGCUGUAAUCACUGCCAAAGGUGCUUCAACAAAGUACUGAGUAAAGGGUCUGAAUACUUAUGUAAAUGUCAUAUUUCCAUUUUUUUAUUUUCAAUACAUUUGCAAACAUUUCUAAAAACCUAUUUUUGCUUUUUAAUAUGGAGUGUUGUGUGUAGAUUAAUGAGGGAAAAAUCAAUUUAAUCAAUUUUAGAAUAAGGCUGUAACAUAAAAAAAUGUGGAAAAAGUCAAGGGGUCUGAAUACUUCCGAAUGCACUGUAUGCUUGGGUGAGGCAACAUGAAGAUUUUAGAAAAUGUAUUUGAGUCUGUUCUGUCUUUUUUAUGGAGAAAGUUUUCCCCACAAGUGUGACACAUCACCCACAGAUUAGGAUACUAUUAUGCCUUUUUUAAAUGUGAAGCCUCUGCCCUUUAGUUAGAAGGUAGCUAGCUAGCUAGCGUUUAUGUUUUUCUAUUUGGAACCACGCCUUGUAGGACUAGUAAUGUGAUUUGCUAAGAUCUAAUAAUGACAAAAUAAUUUACUCCGUAAAUUCACUCAAAGUUGACUCCGUAAGUUCGUUAUGGCCAGAAUUGAGUCGUUCUUGCACCAGGCGUGUAUGUGCGUCAUAGUCUGGGGAUGUGGUUAUGGCCCUGGCCUGUCAUCUUUGACACAGUACUGACUAAAAACCAGAUGACCAGUUGAAUGGUGUCAGGAAACUGGUUAUCUGAGAGCUGCCAUGGCAGGAUUGUGUCUGUGGCUCUCUAUAUUUGUCCAUCCUCUGACGUCAUCCUGUGAUGUGCAGAGAAACAGCGAGAGCUGGCCAGGAAGGGAUCACUGAAGAAUGGCAAUGCAGGAAGUCCAGUGAACCAGCAGCCCAAGAAGAACAAUGUGAUGGCCAGAACACGGUGAGAGCUGACCUCGGUCUUGACUAGGGCCUUCUCCAUUUUGGCCCUUCAUUCAUUUUUUUUCUUCCUCCCUAUGUCCCUCUUCACUGGUAUCUUUAACCCCUCCUAUUUAUUUCACUCUCACUCACUCUCUUCCUCCUGGUCUGUUCUACCUCUUCCUUCUUGUGUACUCACUAUCCUGCCCACCUCUAUCGCUCCCCUCUCUCUUUCACUCACUCACUCACUCACUCACUCACUCACUCACUCACUCACUCACUCACUCACUCACUCACUCACUCACUCACUCACUCACUCCCUCUCUCCUCUCCACAGGCUGGUGGUGCCCAAUAAGGGCUACUCCUCCUUAGACCAGAGCCCUGAUGAGAAGCCCCUGGUGGCCCUAGAUACAGACAGGUAUGUGACAACAUCGUACACACAUAAUGUCACAUGUCCACCAUCACCCUUUACUCUCAGACCUGCCAACAUGGAUACAGUAUUUAGGUUAUGGGCAGGUAUGAAGUGAAUGUAAAUAUAAGAUCAACAGUGAUGACAUUAAUCUAUGCAAAUGACCAUCCACUUCCCUUUAUGUUGCAGUGACGAUGACUUCGACAUGUCCAGAUACUCCUCAUCGGGAUACUCCUCAGCCGAGGUGAGAUGUGUGAGGGACCAGGUACCUAUGCACUCUGGGUAACACUACUCAAGCACGGAACAGAUACAACAGCCGACAUAAGGAGAAACGAGACGAGACAAAACUAACCAGUUUUAGAAUUUUGUGUUGUAGAACAGCUGACUGAAGAAGGGGCAUUCAGAUCAACAAGACGAUACGUGUGGUUGCGACCGUUUCCACUGUGAUGGUGCCUCUUUACAAUGACUGACAUACUUUGAAACAAAGCUGCCUCUGGUUGUAACAAGGUGUUGUAGCAAAUGAGUAUAAUGAAAUGCAUGCACCAGAAACAGGGUGGACUUUCGUGACUUGUCAGAGAAAUGUCAGCAAGUUAGACUAGCUAACUGCAGCCAAAUUGCUAGCUAGCUGUCUGGUUGGCUAGCCAGCUAACUGCUUGGCUAAACACAGAACGUCUGCACACAGUUAAAUGGACCCGUCUCUUCUUUAGCUAAGAUUUGACAUAUUGAAUCUUGGAAACUCCAGCAGCCGACAUGAUACGUUCUAAAACUAGAUCAAGCAAACCUCUUUCUAAAACUGCAUAAAAACCGUCUUGUCUCGUCUCGGCUGUUGUAUCUGUACUGGGCUUUACAGUCAUGCCUAGCCAUUGCCACUCAUCCCCCACCACACUCACAAUCUUCAUGUUCUCUCCCUUCACAAACCUCAUUACAGUAAAUGCGGAUUACUGUUGGAUAAAAUCUAAUUCUUAAAACCACUUACAUUACGUAUUUUAGCCUUAUGUUUUUAUCAUUGAACCAUUUAGCUACUGUACCAAGAAUGUCUCCAAAAGCCUGAUAUGUUCGCUGAAGUAAGUAGACUUCAAUAACUUAAGAUAAACCAUAGUGAUUAUGGCUUUCACAGUGUAACAAUAUGGCUAGCCUUCAGUUACAUGGGUACUCCUUGAAGACUCUACUUAUCUGAGGAGACUACACAUCUGGGAGGAGACACGCUAGUCUAGGCCUCUCUGAUGCCUCCUCCUGGUCAUUAUUGUGUAAUACAAGUGAAAAUAAAAACAAAGUCAGUUGAUUAAAAAAUAAGGGGGGUAGGCGAUGGUCAGGCAUGUUACUAAGGGGUGUAGGAGAUGGUCAGGCAUGUUACUAAGGGGUGUAGGAGAUGGUCAGGCAUGUUACUAAGGGGUGUAGGGGAUGGUCAGUCAUGUUACUAGGGGCUUUCACUGUGUAACAAUAUGACUAGCCUUUAGUUACAUGGGUACUCCUUGAAGACUCUACUUAAUAGCCUUCAUAAGUCUAUGGUAGCAUUUCUGCAGCCCCAGUAAUGUAAGUGACAUUCCCCUACGACCCCUAGUAACAUGACUGACCAUCCCCUACGACCCCUAGUAACAUGACUGACCAUCCCCUACACCCCCUAGUAACAUGACUGACCAUCCCCUACGACCCCUAGUAACAUGACUGACCAUCCCCUACGACCCCUAGUAACAUGACUGACCAUCCCCUACGACCCCUAGUAACAUGACUGACCAUCCCCUACGACCCCUAGUAACAUGACUGACCAUCCCCUACACCCCUUAGUAACAUGACUGACCAUCCCCUACACCCCCUAGUAACAUGACUGACCAUCCCCUACACCCCUUAGUAACAUGACUGACCAUGCCCUACGACCCCUAGUAACAUGACUGACCAUCCCCUACGACCCCUAGUAACAUGACUGACCAUCCCCUACACCCCUUAGUAACAUGACUGACCAUCCCCUACACCCCCUAGUAACAUGACUGACCAUCCCCUACACCCCUUAGUAACAUGACUGACCAUGCCCUACGACCCCUAGUAACAUGACUGACCAUCCCCUGCAUCCCCUAGUAACAUGUCCAUAUGUCCACCCUCACAGCAAAUCAACCAGGACCUGAAUAUCCAGCUGUUGAAGGAUGGUUACCGGCUGGACGAGAUCCCUGACGAUGAAGACCUGGACCUGAUCCUGCCCAAGUCUGUCAACCCCACAUGCAUGUGCUGCCAAGCCACCUCCUCUACCGCCUGUCAAAUCCAGUAG